AUGCAAACAUAUUCUUCUACAAACUAUAAUGUCAGGGAUAAAAUAUCAAACUAUCAGAAAUCAAGAAUUGAAAAUCAAAAUAUUGAUAAAAAUAAAUUAAUAAGAGAUGUUCCGUUGAAAUGUAACAACAAACGUCUCUUAUUAACCAAAAUCUGUUCAUUUAUUCAAAAAAUAAGAUGUAGAUUUAAAUAUAGAUCAAUUAGAAAAAAUAACUUAGACGUAAAACCCAGUAUGAAUGUGUUAAUUAGCUUAUAUGGAAAUAUUGAUGAACAUAAAAUUUCUGAAAAAAUAUCCUUGACUGAAACAGUGGACGUUGGAAAGAUGAUGAAUUUCGAUACGUUGCAGGAAAGUUUGAUAGAUAUAGACAUGAUAUUCAAUAAUUUGAUAUCAAAAAUCGAUCAAUCAAUGAGUUCACUUCAAAUUGAGAAACCAGACUCAAAUUUAGAUGACUCACUCGAACCAUUUGACUUAAAGCAUGACCAUAAUACAUUAUCAACAAUAACUACAAUUAACAAUUAUCUGCCACAACUUAGUGGUAAUAAAAUUACUAUUUUCUCUGAUUAUGAUUUGGAUUUUGAUCAACAAUUAAUAUCUGAUUUUAGUGUAUUAAGUAAGUUGAUUACAAUUAUCUUACCACCACCAAGGUCCAGUAAAAGGCCAAUCAUAAAAGAUAAUGAGAACGCUAAAAAAUUCUAUUAUGAGAAAAUCGAAUUUAAAAAUUUUAUUGAUAAGUUAAAGCUAAAAUUUACAAAUGUCAUUAUACAUGAUGAUAGCAGUAAACCUUGCUCUAAUAAUGGUAACCGAAAUAAUUUAUCAAAUUGUCUAGAUAAAAAGAAAGUAAAUUUUUCACAGAAUAUUUCACUUUGUAAAACAUAUACUGAUAAUGAAUAUGAUCGGUCAGAUCCUAAUGUUACCUGUACUCUUCAAGCAUUAAAAAAUCCAGAAUAUGUUCAAUCACUCAAAUCAGAAAUCAAUGAAUUUAAACACAAGGAGAUGACAGUCCAUGAGGGUUCAAUGUUAUUUACACAUUUUAUUUAA